GUAUUGGAUUAAAGCGAUAUCAAUUUUAUGAAAUUUGUGAAACUGCAGCCACAAUACAGUGUAAUGGAUCAACUAUCAAUGCUAGCCAAAUAGAAUUUGUUGAACAAUCAGAAAAAUCUUCUAACUCAUUCGAACCUAUUACUGGAUAUUGCAAUAUGCAAUUAGAUAAAGUAAAUGAUACUAAUUUGCUAAUUAAUAAAGUAAUCGAUUUUUCAAAUCCAGCCUUUGUUGGCAAUAACAAUUCAUUUAUCGAAAGUAAAAGUAUGGUAUCAAAUAAUAAUACUCAAUGA